CUCUAUAGCUGGAGCCGUUAACAAAGAUAUUUACCUGGAACCCGUACCUCCCAACACAGCUUUGCCACUACCAGUUGACAACUGACUGAGGAGGGACUGACAAAGCAGCAUGACAUCUAAAGGCAGCGUGAAGAGAGCGUCUGUGGUCAGUGUUAGGCUGGUCGGUAACGGAGAAACUAUGGACAAAUCGGUGCAGAGACUGAUUCCAGUAAGGAAUAAACUCCCCCUGGGUAAUGUAUCAAUUACCAACCAGGCAUCAUGGAGUAUAUCAGGUCUGCUUGCUGUCCAGAGGAUGAAAAAGAACCUGAAGGAGAGGAGGGCUCAGAAAGUGGCCAAGAAGAUUGAAAUUGUAGAGCCUCAGCCUCCGUCAUUUGCCUCUCGUCCCCCGGAGAAGGUCCAGCUCUCGGCCAUCAGACGUAUCCUGGAAGGCUACCUCCCUCUACAGCUGGCGCAGAUGACCUAUGACCCCACAAAAGUCCCAUCGCUAGUGAAGGAGAUCAGCGAGGAGGUCAGGAGCCAGGUGAAGAGGGUCCUACCUGCAAGAUAUAAGAUGCUAUGCGUGGUGACCAUGGGCGAAAGGGGACAAGAAGAUAUCACCGUGGUCAGCCGCUGCCUUUGGGACCCUCAUGCUGACAACUAUGUUCCCUACUUGUAUCAGAACGACAGCAUCUUCUGUGUGGUGUCUGUGUAUACUGUAUUCUGCGAGUGACAUUGCAUCCAUGACCUGUAUUUAUGAUUGCCACCCUGUCGAUACUACCAUAUGACUGUCACUAAGUGUGCCCUUGUUAAUGUGCAUGCAACACUUCUGUAAAUCAGAGGACACAUUGUCUUUUCUGGCUAAAAAUCUCAGAUAUUAACAGGUGUAAUAACACCCAAUAAAAGCUGUAGGCUACGCUUGGGAUACAGACCACAAAUAUGCGGGACCAAUGCAAGUUAAAGUCCAUCAUUUACUCUUCCAUGAAAGAAGAUAGAAUUGCCACACUCAUCCAUAUAGGGCUUUCUGGGAUGCACUCAGGAUCCCAGUGGUUGAAAUCCCAAUGGCUAGAAUGCCGAAAGUCAUCUCGACAAUCAGAGUCCCAAUGGAUCCCAAUGGUAAAGGUUAUGUUUAGAGUUAGAAUUAGGCUGAGGGGUUAGGGUUAGGCUACAGGAGGGGUGAGUUCGAGUUAACAUACUCACCAGUAUCCAUUGAGAUUUUUAACAUCGGGAUGUCACUGUCAGCAUUCUGAACUCCAGGAUAUCCCAGUUUACCUGCUAAUUACAGUGAUUGUUGUAAACCUCUCAUCCACUAGAUCAGUGCGUCAUUGCUCUGGGACUCCUGGUGGCACUGUGUCAUUGCUCUGGGACUCCUGGUGGCAGUGUGUCAUUGCUCUGGGACUCCUGGUGGCAGUGUGUCAUUGCUCUGGGACUCCUGGUGGCACUGUGUCAUUGCUCUGGGACUCCUGGUGGCACUGUGUCAUUACUCUGGGUCUCCUGGUGGCAGUGUGUCAUUGCUCUGGGUCUCCUGGUGGCAGUGUGUCAUUGCUCUGGGACUUCUGGUGGCACUGUGUCAUUGCUCUGGAACUCCUGGUGGCAGUGUGUCAUUGCUCUGGGACUCCUGGUGGCAGUGUGUCAUUACUCUGGGUCUCCUGGUGGCAGUGUGCCAUUGCUCUGGGACUCCUGGUGGCAGUGUGCCAUUGCUCUGGGACUCCUGGUGGCAGUGUGUCAUUGCUCUGGGACUCCUCGUGGCAGUGUGCCAUUGCUCUGGGACUCCUGGUGCCAUUGUGCCAUUGCUCUGGGACUCCUUGUGGCAGUGGGUGGGAUGUACUAAAGGGAAAAUGUGGUAAAACCCCUGUUUUCGGGGGUUUUACCACAUUUUCAUAUGUACUAACCCCCGGCUGCCAAGUUUUCGACGCUGAGGGUAUCGCCAUCUUUUGAUGGCAACACCCUAUAGAAGCAUAUAGGUUUCUUACUGCCAGGCGCCACCCUGUGCCACUCACACCAAACCCCCCUCAACCUGGCAUACCUGUGUGCAGCCAGCCCUGGUCCUGUAACCAAAACUCCCCCUCCCCCCAGCAACACAGCUGGAGGUCCUUCCAGCUGCAGGGAGGAGGAGGAGGAACCCGGGACUAACUGCUGCAGUGCCUGCUUGCCGGUCUGGGAGAUGAGACCCAGGGAGUUGAUAGAGACACACCUUCUGACAGUUAUCGCGGGGAGCCUCUGUCACCACAUUGCGAUGUUAAUUGCAUAUGGUACUACAGUACAUAUGCGAUUAGCAUCGCUGUGAGGGGCGGCAAUGUAUUUUAAUACAUCCCGCCCAGUGUGCCAUUGCUAUGGGACACCUGGUGGCAGCGUGCCAUUGCUCUGGGACUCCUGGUGGCAGUGUGCCAUUGUUCUGGUACUCCUCGUGGCAGUGUGCCAUUGCUCUGGUACGGGUGUACUAUGUUAUACCGGUGCUCGGGAUCCCAGCGCCGGGAUCCCAACCACCGGAAUGCCGGCAAGCGGGGAGAGCGCAAAAGAGCCCCUUGCGGGCUCACUGUGCUCGCCACGCUGCAGGCACAGCAGUGCACCACACUAUUUAUUCUCCCUCCAGGGGCGUCAUGGACACCCAAAGAGGGAGAAUAGUUGUCAGUAUUCCGGCGGUCAGGAUUCCGGCGCUGGUAUGCAGAGCGCCGGUAUCCCGACAGCCGGGAUAUCGAGUGCCUCCCCUAUGGUAUCCCUCGUAACAGUGUGCCGUUGCUCUGGGUCUCCUGAUGGCAGUGUGUUAUUGCUCUGGGUCUCCUGAUGGCAGUGUGUUAUUGCUCUGGGUCUCCUGAUGGCAGUGUGUUAUUGCUCUGGGUUUCCUGAUGGCAGUGUGUUAUUGCUCUGGGUCUCCUGAUGGCAGUGUGUUAUUGCUCUGGGUCUCCUGAUGGCAGUGUGUCAUUGCUCUGGGAUGCCUGAUGGCAGUGUGCCAUUGCUUUGGGACUCAUGGUGGCAGUGUGUCAUUGCUCUGGGACUCAUGGUGGCAGUGUGUCAUUGCUCUGGGACUCAUGGUGGCAGUGUGUCAUUGCUCUGGGACUCCUCAUGGCAGUGUGACAUUGCUCUGGGUCUCCUGCUAGCAGUGUGUCAUUGCUCUGGGACCCCGGCAGAGGCAGUUCCCUAUAGAUUAUAAUGCUUAUCUGACAAUUACGUAACCAAAAAAUAGAUACUGAGAUCCAAAUUAAGGUCUCGACAUACAAAUUGAGCACCUCUGGUCUAGAGCAGGUCUUUGUCAGAAGAGGACAGUCCUUAGCAAUCAACACUGAUGACUUGGGGAAAGCAGCUAUGUAUUGGAAAAAUUGCAUUUCAAGUUCCUACUACCAUAAGUAUUAGCUAGUAGGGGGUGCCAAGGGUUUGGUAUCUUCGAAUUGCAGCAGCCCAAGUUAGAAAGGAAGAGUUUGGGGUGUACAUCUAAUAAAAUAGUGAUUUGUAAUUUUCACUGUAUGAUUAAAGUAGAAUCACAUUGUUAUAAUUACCUUUCCCUUCCUCUCUCCUAAGCACAGCAUUUCAUUAUUAGUCUUACUAGGGGGCAGAUAUACGAAAGGUGGGUACACACUAGACGAUGUGCUCUAUGAGCGACGUUGUCUAGUGUUUCCUCCUCCUGGGUACGGGCGGCGAACGGGCAUACACACUGAGCGAUAUGACGACCAUGACAGUGACGUCAUGCCACGGCCGGGCCGUGCAGGCAGCUCUUGGACGACAGUCCAGAUUGAGCAUGCAUGUACGGCCGACAGCGAGGGUCGGUAACGACCCGCGGGGCCGUGCAUCAGUCGUCGUCGCCGGCAUACACACUUGCCGAGAAAGUAAAUAAUGUCACUCAGGAAGGGUGAAAAUGAGCGACGGCGUUCAUUUUAUCAGCAAGUGUGUCUGCACCUUAAGCCUUGGCAAGAGAGAUAAACAACCAACCAACCAGCUCCUGUCAUUUAACAAACACAGCCUGCAACAUGACAGUUAGGAGCUGAUUGGUUGGUACUUUAUCUACUUUAUCAUUCUCCAAGGCUUAGCACAUCACCCUUAGAGCACUACUGAAUUGGUCUUCUGCUCAUUUUCAUACUGAAGUCAGCGGCACAAGGUAGGAGUCCAGUAGGAAAAUGAGAACAGUGGACAAAGAUAUAAACUCAAAAACACCAAAUCCAAAGUGAGAAAUUUUGGACUUAUUAGCAAAUGAAUUUGGACCUACAGUAUACAGUUGUUUGAAGAUACUACAACAGAUCAGUAGCCAAUAUAUUACAGGUUGUCUACUAUAUCCAAAAAUCCAAUAUCUGGAAUAUUCAAAAAUUCAAAAAUUUUGGAGCGUGGCUGAGAUAGUGACACCUUUGCUGGGGUUCAGUAUGAUUUGCCGAUGAACGGGAUGCCGGUUGUCGAUAUACAGACAGUGGCAUCCCGUCCAUAAGAAUCCCGACAGACCCCCAUUAAUCCCCCUAACCCUGACAUUUUCCUUACCCUAACCCUCCCUUGUGGGUGUCUAACCCUAUUCCUCCCGGGUGGUGUCUAACCCUAACCCUCCCUGCUUGGUGCCUAAUCCUAACCGCCCCUUCUAGGUGUCUUAACCUAACCCUCCCCUGCUCACCCUAACCCUCCUUCUCCUGCCUAAACCUAACUUCCCCCCCACCCCCACCCCGAGGCAGGACACCAGCGCGUCCUGAUGUGAGGACGAUCGGAAUGCUGGCUGUCGGUAAUGUGACGCAGGCAGCCCGAGCGUCGGCAGUAUGUAGACGCCGGCAUUGCGUCCUCCCUCAGGAAUCUGGCAUCAGUAUAUUGACCGCCGAGAUCCCAUCCAUCGAGAAGCUGACUGCUUCCCCUUUGCUGUUUCAUGGUUCAGUGCACACUGACUUUGCUUCAUGCACAAAAUUAUUAAAACAUAUUGUAUAAAGUUACCUUCAGGCUUUGGGUAUAAGGUGUAUACAAAAGAUAAAUGACCAUGCAAAGGUUCCAAAAUACUUCUCAAGCAUUUCGCAUACGGGAGUCUCAACAUACUGUAUUGUACAUUCACCUUAAGGAUCAGCUCAUAUAACGAGAGACGCCAAUACAGAAGGAUCCCGUGGCAGGAGUCCCAUUAGUUACAGUACAAGUAUUAAAGUUGAACUUUAUUUGAAUAUUUUAUAUUAUUAACAAAUAGAUACAAUGCAAUAUUAGAGCCCCUGUAGCACUGUGCCUCCGGAACCUUCUUUUCUGAUUUUGGCCCAUACAAGGACUGAAGGGAGCAGUAAUUAGCGUCAGCCUCACAGCAAACCAUUAAAAAUAAAAUAGUGUAUAUUAAUAAGUAUUGACUCGCUUCUUAAUUAAAUUCUCAUUCACGGAA